AUGUCAAAAGCAGGUAGUCGUGAAACUGCAUACAAGGCCGUGAAACGGGGCUUGGAAAAGCUGCGAACUGAUGAUACUCUUGCCGACUUCACCCUGGGCUCUGGCGACAAAGAAUGGAAAGUGCAUAAAGUCGUGCUCUUCACCCACUCUGACGUGUUAUACACGAUGAGUACUUCACCCAGAUUCCCGGAGUCCCAGUCUGGUCGAGCGGAGCUGAAGGAUAUCAAUGGCGUCCCUUUCGAUCCAGCUUGUAUCGAAGCCCUCGUUCAGUACUUGUAUAUCCGUGACGAGGAGCUGAUAUGGCCGUGGUCUGGGCGUCGAAACACUUCGGAUCAGUGUCGAGCACGGGACGAAAAUCAUGCCGACAAUGACUCCAGUUCCGACGACUCGGAGCUUCCCGAUGUAGACGAUGUAGACGAUGCAGAGGCAGAAGCAGUCGUCGAGAACUGUGCGACGCACCCAAUCUCCGAUGUCGACUUCCUGAUCUCGCUUGGCAACCUUGCAGAGAUGUACAACAUCGUGCCACUCAAGCGCUACACCAUGACCCAACUUGACCUGUACAUGCGCUGUGAAAUGCCCGGCAGGCUCAAUGCCAUGAUCGAGCAUAUCUGCGCAACAGACACGGAACCCCAGGAAAUGCGGCAGCUCAUUGCCGACUAUGCAGCAGCGGAAAUAGGAGAGUUUCACCCACUCAAAGGCGGAAUCUUGGACCGCCACCCUGAUUUCGCCCAUGAUGUCCUCGAGGCCUUGGCAAGGCGAGCACAUGAAGGCGUUGGAGUGAGAAGGCACGGGAGUAUCCUACGUGCCGAGGUGGGAAGGCCGAAGCGGAAUACUGAGUACGAGAGUUCGGACUAA